CCCUGCCCCCAGAGUCCGCGCAGGGCGCAGCUUCCCGCCGCCGGAGCCGGCCGGCCUGCUGCGUGUGUGCGUGUGUGCGACGCUGCGUGCGUGCGUGCGUGCGUGCGUGCCGUCAGCUCGCCGGGCACCGCGGCCUCGCCCUCGCCCUCCGCCCCUGCGCCUUCACCGCGUAGGCCGCCCCCCCCCCCCGCGCGCGCGCACCUCGUCGACGACCCCCGCCCGCGCCCCGACCGGCCCCCCCUUUGUAAAAUUUAAAGGGGGCGCAGCAUUAACGCUUUCGGUUCAGGUGACCUCUCAGGGGUCCCCCCGCCAAAGGUGCCCCGCCGCCGAGGAACAUGGCGAAGGUGGAGCAGGUCCUGAGCCUCGAGCCGCAGCACGAGCUCAAAUUCCGAGGUCCCUUCACUGAUGUUGUCACCACCAACCUGAAACUUGGGAACCCGACAGACCGAAAUGUGUGUUUUAAAGUGAAGACAACAGCACCCCGCAGGUACUGUGUGCGGCCCAACAGUGGGACCAUCGAUGCAGGGGCCUCCAUUAAUGUGUCUGUGAUGUUACAGCCUUUCGAUUAUGAUCCCAAUGAGAAAAGUAAACACAAGUUUAUGGUUCAGUCUAUGUUUGCUCCAACUGACACUUCUGAUAUGGAAGCAGUAUGGAAGGAGGCAAAACCAGAAGACCUCAUGGAUUCAAAACUUAGAUGUGUGUUUGAAUUGCCAGCAGAAAAUGAUAAACCACAUGAUGUAGAAAUAAAUAAAAUUAUAUCCACACCUGCAUCAAAGACAGAAACACCAACUGUGUCUAAGUCUCUGAGUUCUUCUUUGGAUGACACUGAAGUUAAGAAGGUGAUGGAAGAGUGUAAGAGGCUUCAAGGUGAAGUUCAGAGGCUACGGGAAGAGAACAAGCAAUUCAAGGAAGAAGAUGGGCUUCGGAGGCGGAAGACAGUGCAGAGCAACAGCCCCAUCUCGGUGCUGGCCGCCGCUGGGAAGGAGGAGGGCCUCAGCACCCGCCUGCUUGCUCUGGUGGUUUUGUUCUUUAUCGUUGGUGUAAUUAUUGGGAAGAUUGCCUUGUAGAGGCAGCAUGAGAAGGAUGGUAAAUUGGAUUGAUGGAUCCACCAUAUCAUGGGAUUUAAAUUUAUCAUAACCAUGUGUAAAGAGAAAUUAAUGUAUGAUGACAUCUCACAGGUCUUGCCUUUAAAUUACCCCUCCCUGCACACACAUGCACAAACACAUACACAAAGAUAAUGUAACAAUCUUUUAGAAAGUUAAAAAUGUAUAGUAAAUGAUUGGGGGGAAAAGAAUAAUCUUUAUUAAUGAUGAGGGAAACCAUGAUUAAUGCCACAGUGGCAUGUUGUAAAUGUUAUUUUAAACAUGGGUAGGCCUUGGUACAUUUCGCUGGUUUACCUCUCUUAAACAAGACACUAUUCCUCGCCUGUUGGUGCUGGCCCGUGGGGAGCUGCAGCCCAGUGUGGAGGGGGUGUGGCCAGCUCCCCGCAGUAGUCUCCACCGCCACCCACACCCGCCCCAGGCUGCUGUUCCAUGUCUUCAGUGCUGUCCAAGCCAUCAGCUCCUUGAGACUGAGGAACAGAGUCAGAAGAUGAAAAGAAUUGCACUGUGGCAGCAUCAGACGUGCUUGUUGUGAACAAAAGGGAUGUGUUGACUGAUUGACCCACACUUUGGAAAUAAAUGUCAAUGCUUUGUUCUCGUAAAGGGACCAAGCUAAAUUCCUAUUGGUUCAUGUAGUAAAGUUGAACAUUGUUAUUCAGAGAUGUUUAAUGCAUAUUUAACUUAUUUGAUGUAUUUCAUCUCGUGUUUUCUUAAUGUCACAAGAUUACAGUUAAUGCUGCUUCUACCUAAUGGCAGCAGGUGAAGCUGGCGUUGCUGUUGGAGGCCGUGGGGUCCUCUGUCUCUGCGAGGUUCUGGGCAUGUGCAGAUGGGGCUUAUGGAAUGUUGGGAAAGAGCUGCAGGAAGUGUUCUUCAGUGUCAAUAAAUAACAGCUAUCAUAGGGAGGGAAAUUCUUAAUAAUGACAGUCAGCUCUAGGUUGCCCUUUUUAGUGGAGAAGAAUAGUCAAUCUUCUAGACUGUUCUUUUCACUACCCCUCAACCACACGCUUACUUCCAGCGCAUAGGCCCAGGUUUGGUCCUGGCUCCCCCCUGGGAUCCUGGCUUGGUGGGGAGGAAUGAACAGGCUGCGAGGGGGUCUGGGGGAGAGGGCACCAGCAGGUGGGCGUGGGGAAUGGGGAGAGAUACUCUUCAGCUGGUCCAUGUCGUAGGAAUUGAGAGUUUGACUGUGAAUUAAUUUUAUGCCAUGAAAGACCAAGCCAAUUCUGUUUGACUAUGUAGCAUCUUAAAAGAAAAAAAAAAUUAAAAUAAAGCCCCAAAAUUAAGAGUUCUUUUGUCAUUUUGUCACAUUUGCUAUGUGGGGGGAAUUCUUGUUAUAUUAUCAUCAUCUUUAUUAUUUUGCCACUGGAAGGUUGAUUUUAAAAUGAGCCCAUAUUGGGCAGCACCUGUGGCUCGAAGGAGUAUGGCACUGGCCCCAUAAGCCGGAGGUGGCGGGUUCAAACCCAGGCCUAGCCAAAAAAAAAAACUGCAAAAAAAGAAAAAAAAAAAAGAGCUCAUAUACACAUAUGUAUUUAGUGAUUUAACUCUGUAUGUGUCUGUGUGUGUGUGUAUUUUUGGUUGGCUUCAGUUGAGAGUGAGAAAAAUAAAACAGCUGAAAAUCUAAGUACCUGGUCACCCUUGGCCUUCCACUGUGUUCGCCUUGGUAAAAUGCACCUACCGUCUGGGUCUGGGAACCCUGCCACAGAGACAGUGACAGCGGGGCUUGUAUGGCCCAGUGUGUGCAUGGGUGUGACAGGACAAGUUCAUCAAAAGGAAAACAGUUUGUGGAAGUCACAUACCUCAAGCCACACUGCUCCUGAGCUUGGCCUUGUCAACUGGGUCAGGGGCCUUGAGGCUGGUGAAGUGGAAGUCUGUGACGGUCUAAGUAACUUCCUCUCUUCUUGAGAAGUUGGCUGAAAAUCCCAUGUACUCGGUGGACCUGCUUCUCAUGCAAGCAGCGAUGGCUGUGAUUGUACUGAGCACGUGGACAGGGAGGCCACCCGAUUACACACUUGUCUCUAAUGUCCUUUCCAUGUGGCCCCGAGUACUUAGAAAGGGAGUGAAGAGAUGGAGCUCGGAGGCCCAUGCCUUCCACCACCGGGUUCUCUGCUAGUGGACUAACGUGCCGAUUAUAGGCGCUGCAGUUAUUAGUCUUUCCAUAGCUUGUGGUCCCUUGUGGUCCUGAGGAGAGUGGUUAGAGGCCAAGCAGCACCAUGGGGUCCACUACAGUCCUGUUACAUUAGAGCAGGGUCUGCUGUUUCUUGAAGGCUGUGGCUGUGUGUUCAGUACAACUCUAUUCACAAAACAGCUUGGGGAUUUGACCUGUGAGCCUAUGACAGUUCUUUCAAAGAGUGCCUGAGAAGCUACUCUGUUCUAGGUCUUUGAAGGUGAGUCAUUUAGAGUUUUGUGUACAUCUAAGAGAAGGUGCUUAGCUUCUUAGAGGAUAUAGACAUUUUGGUUGUAGCUAAAAUUCAAUGUUUAAAUCCAAUUGCUUCUUCCUUCUAACUAAUCCUCCGAAGGUGCUUUCCAUGCUAGAGAACUCCUCAGGGAGAGAAGUAAGAUAUUGGUGGGAAGGUUGGUUAUGCUCUAAUCAUCCUGAUCAUCAGAGAACGUGCUAGAAAAAAGAGAAUGUGUGUGAAGCAAGCACUGCUCCAUCAAGAGAGUGUGGAGACGCACAUAACAUUUGGGGUGACCUUUUCCAGAAGGGGAAGAAAUGAGAAGGCAAAGAGGAGGUGACUGUGAGGGCCUGAGGGGGUAAGAUUUGGGUAAUUGGAAAUAAACUGCCCCAGUAAGAGUGAGCCUGGUGGGCUGCAAGCAGGCUGCCCUGGCACCUGGUUCCAGGCUUCUGGCACCUUGGGAGGGCUGCCCUCGCUUUAGAAAUGCCCACCACAGUGCUCACAAAUACAGAAGAGGUAGAAGCAAUAACAGUCCCAGAAAUUUUUAUUGAUUCAAUUUUUAAAUUGAUAAUUUAAGCUUUUUUAGUAUGAUACAAAAUACCUCUUAAAGAUAGGAGGCCAUAUUAUUUGUCAGUGUGAGGAACUGGUUUUAAUUUUUUCUCCCUAGUUUGCAUGUUUUUUCUCUCUCGUCUUCUAAACUGCUGGCACCAGCAGUAAUAAAUACUGAUAAAAUCAAAAUUGAUUUUUACCAGUGGACAGUUUAUGCCUAGAGAGAAGGCUUAUACCUACAUAACACAGAAGGGGGGAAAAUGAAGAACCCCCAGCGAUCCGUGAAAACCUAAACGCUUUCAAACAAAUCCCAGGAAUAGAAUUGCUAUCGAAAGAUAUCAGUGCCCAGCUUGUAGGCUGUGUUGAGUCAGAUAUAACUCAAUGCAGAGAGAGCUCACAGCUAAAUAGCCUUUCAAAUUAAUUUGGAAACAAGCUGUGUGUGUGUGUAGCACAUGCACCAUAUGUUAAGUCACUCGACAGUUUUCAAAUGGUUCCUGUAUUUUUUGUGCACACAAAUCUUUGUAAACUCAGAAUUCAUGCCAAAAUACAAUGCUGUUUGUCAUUUUCAGUUCCUUACCUAAAGAACUUGCCCAUGUACACUUUUUUGGCUAUGGUUUGUGAAUUCCUGGUUUUAAGAAAAAUCUGUCAAGAGUUAGGGAUCUUGGGCUUCCAGGUCACUUGAACACCUGCUAACACUUCACUGCCAAGACCUCCUUAGUGGAGAGGCCGCUGCUUCCCCCUGCUGGAGGCGGCAGUUCACUGAAGGGCGUCAGCCGUGCCGUCCCCGCCUCUCCAAUUGAGCCUGGAGGAGGAAGGCAACUAAAGUAAAACUAUGGAAUUAAUCAAAAGUUACCACUCUGAGGAGGCCUGUCUUAAUUAAGCUUGGGGCCAUGUCUGCUGUUGCCGGGAAUGGGUGCUCUCAAAGGUGAACAGGAUAGAACUGUAUUUAGAGGGUCCCCAGAAAGCGUUAGAUGGAUGGCUCCAGUUCAGGAGCACAGACCACGGCAUGAGGCCGGCAAUCACUCUUUCCAGCAUAGAGGGCAGGCUCCACCACAGUCACGUGGCCCUGUGUGACUUGGGUCCCUCUGGGCUCCUGUGGCCUGAUUGGAUUUGGAGGGUGUCUCUCUCUCUCUCUUCCUCAGAUGGAGCUGCUGUAGAUGGGAGUCUCUUAGAAAGAAGGUGCAGUCCCAGGGCCAUGCUCUGCCUGCCAGCAAGGUCACUCAUUGAACUUAAUCCUCACAACAACUAUAACCUGGGGUUGAUGACUGUUUUUACACACAAGGAAAGGAAGUUAAACAGGCAACUUUUUAGAACAUCUCAUUUAGAACUAGAUCAAUCUUUGGGGAGGCUGGCACCACUAAGGCUGUUUCCACUGUGAAACCUCUCAAGGGAGCUGGGUGAAUGGACCCUGACUGCCCCCAGUCCUUCUGCCCAUCUGUGCCCCUGUUGUGUCUGCCUCGGCCAUGCUGACUUAUUUUUAAGCUAAUGUGGGUAGACUCAGGGCUGUAGUGCAGACACUUGUGCUCUUGCAUUUGGAAACUGAACGCUUUCCAGAUAGUAAAGAAAUGCAUAUUUUCCAUUUUCUCAUUGCCUGAAGAUCUCUGCCCAAGCCCGAUGCUCCUGGGGAAUGAAUUUGGGGGCUUUAGAAAGAAAAUUACCAGUCUGUCUUAGUGAGAUGAUGAUGGCGAUGCUUUAUAUGGAGGCUUUCCAUAACUUGUAAAUUAAAUGUGAUCGAGGGCAGUUCAUUAAAAUCAGCAUUAGAGAAGUGGCCUGCCGAGGUUUCAAACACUGAGCUGCUGGUGUUUCGGGCCUCUCCCUGAAUUAGCAAUAUUUGUCUCCAGGAGAUCAGCGGAAGGAGCAAGUAAUAAAGACCCUGAUGAAGAGCGCUGGCUGAAAGGCAGGCUCUCCGGAGGCUGUGGGCGUGGAGCAGCAGCGAGCCUCACAGACCUUCCUCUAGCCUCCGAGUCCCAUUAGCUGCGUACUCAGCUCACGAGGCCCAGCCACUGAGAACAUUAGUUGGGGUGCACAAGGUCACCCACCUCUGGGCUGAGGGACCCAGACCUCCCUGUGUGUUUUUAGCUUUAUCCACAGCACUUAACAAUAGAGUUUUCUUUUUCAUUUAUUUUCAUUACAGAGAGAUUUUGAAAAAUUUCAAAGACACAAACUCACAUAAACAGUUAUGUGUAAGAAACCAGUGGAGGUGGUUGGGAGCUUGUCAGAAAUGGAAAUAAUUGCUUUAGGAUUUUUUUCCUUAAUGGAAUUAAUUCAUUAGAAAAUGUCUGCAUCAAAUCUGUAAAAAAAGGAAGAAAAAUCUACGACAAAAAUACAGCUAUUAUCUAACUUGCCAUAAAUAUUUGCUAUUAUGAUACCUUGGAAUGUUGCCAUGAUAUGGAUUGCUUUGAUUAAAAGAUGUCAGUUGAAUACAACAGGACUGCGGGAGAAUCGUUUUCUGCUGCUAGAUAAAUGCUGAUGUUUAUUUUUAAACCAGGAAACAUUGAUCCUGUAACAAUGCCCUAUUACAACUGCUUUAUUACACCACGGAGCUGAUGUAGAUUUAAUCAUUUGGCUAAUGGAUGUGGGUGCAGGACGAUGCCCGGCUCCAUGCAGCCCUACAGCUUGCAUUUUGAUGAGCCCUGCCAUCUUCUCCAGUGGAAUGGAGGCUGGGAGUUUCAUUUCCCUGACACCCAAAGCCAGGUCUGGCCAAGACAAAACAGGCUACCUUUUAUUUUUUGUUGCCUUUCACAAAGCACCAAUUAAGGGAGACAAAUCAGGUAUGUUAACACAAUUUCAUUAAGGUUUAAUGCUAACAAGAAUGCAGAGCUUUUUAGAUUUAAGAAGACAAUAAAUCAGUGUGAACGUGUCACACAUCAACUUGCUGGGUUUCCAUGUGAUAGAAAAAAGGCCUGGUUCUUAAGAACUGGCCACCUGCAUUCCUAUCUUUCUUUUGUGUUUUAGAAGUAAACUGAAUUCAGCUGUUAAUCCUUUAGUGCUGCAUUUAUUAAUUUUUUCCCCCAGUGAAUCUUCCACAUGGAUUCAAAGGUCAGAAUUUAUUGUCUAUAACACUGAGACCGCGUGUACAAGAACUGCUUUUUGCUUUUUAUCAUUUCCUCACUCAUUUAGCAGACAUUUAGUUACCUGUUACAUACUGUGCGAGGUGCCAGAAAAGUAAUCAAUGGAAGUGAUUUUGUUUUUGUAUUUUUCAUUCGUAGGUGGCCUAAGUAAGGUGACUCCAGCUUAUCCGCAGAGAGAAUGCAAACAUGUAUUCGAUUCUCAUUUCUGUUGCUGGCAUUUACUUUUGAAAGACAAUUUCUAAACAGCUGUCAUUUGGAACUUCCUAUAAGAAACCUAAAAUGAUCUAUUUAAAUGUUCCCUUCACCUCCUUUCUCCUUUCUGAGGAAGGAAGUGGAUUCAGUGAUGCACGCCGUGAUGUGGGUGUUUAUUCUGUCUCCAGUGUAUGUUAACAUUUUGGGAUUAUGUAUUUUAAUUUUCAUAAUUUUUUCUUCAUAUAUUUUAAUUUGCAUUUCCUGUUUUGAUGUGGAAGUCAUUUAAAAAGUUGAUUCAGGAAAGGACUCUACCGUUGCACAUUUUGGUUAUCUGAUAUGUAAUAAAUUCACGGUUUGACAGCUGACCUUAUGUUUCCUGGAGGGAAGGAGAUGUAUUUCUGCAGAGUCCAGGUCAAAAGAGCCAUUCACAGCAUGUUCUCACAUGUUCCAUAUCAGCCUGAUGAAACUUGCCCUGCCAAGGCAUAAACUUUUGUACUAGCUGUCUCCAUAUUAUGUUCAAUAAAUUCUGUGCUCUGAAUA